AUGUUUGAAAAUAAUAAUAAUGAUGGUGGAAGUGGUAGCGGAAUAAAUUCACCAUUAUCACCCCAAUCACCAUAUCAAGCAACUACUACAAAUAGAAUUAAUAGAGUAUCAAAUAAUAGAAAUAGUAAUAAUAAUAAUAAUGAUAGUUGGGUAGAAAAAGUUAAAUUAUUCGAUUUUUACCCAAAAGUUAAUGAUGAUGUACCAAGACAUAAAUCAACAUUUGGUGGUGUAGCAACAAUGAUUUGUAUUUUAAUUACAACUUAUUUAUUAGUAUCAGAGAUUUAUUUUUAUACAUUCCCAAUUAGGGAACAUUCAUUAAAGGUAGAUAUUACCAGAGGUAAUAGAUUACCAAUCAAUAUCGAUAUUCAUUUCCCAAGAUUGGUUUGUACUGAUAUUACAAUCGAUGUAGUUGAUGGUAUAGAUGGUAACCCAAUUAAAGAUGCAGCUUAUCAAAUAGUUAAACAAAGAUUAGAUUCAUAUGGUGAGCCAUUUGCUCAAGGUGUUGCAUUAGCUGGUAAAAAAGGUAUAUUUAGUAGAUCAUGUACAGAAUGUGAAUUUCCAAAAUCAAAGAGAGUAUCAUCAGUAUUUUAUAAACAAAAAUGUUGUAAUAGUUGUGAAGAUUUAAGACAAUAUUAUAGACUUAAUAGAAUACCACAGAAUUUAGCAGACGAUUCACCACAAUGUUUAAUAGAGAGACCAGUUCAAGAUGAUGAAGGUUGUAGAAUUUAUGGAUCAUUGUCAGUGCAAAAGAUGAAGGGUGAUUUCCACAUUUUGGCAGGCACUGGUAUCGAUCAAUCACAUGAUGGUCACGUUCAUCAUGCUCAUCAUAUCCCCAGAGAGAAUAUUGGGCGUAUUAAACAUUUUAAUAUCACUCAUCAUAUUCACAAGUUUUCAUUUGGUGAGGAUAUCGAAGGUUUGAUUAACCCAUUGGAAGAUUUUGGUAUUGUUGCUCAAAGUUUGGCUGUUCAAACCUAUUAUCUUCAAGUUGUACCAGCAAUCUAUAAAAAGAAUGAUUUCGUUUUAGAAACUAAUCAAUACUCUUACACCUAUGAUUAUAGGAUUGUAAAUAUGUUCAAUUUAGGUCAGCUUUUCCCUGGAAUUUACUUCAAAUAUGAUCUCUCUCCUCUUAUGAUUGAAGUAGAUCAAACCUCAAAACCAUUGGUUGAAUUAAUUACAAGUAUUUGUGCAAUUGGUGGUGGAAUGUAUGUAGUUUUAGGUUUAGUUGUUCGUUUAUCUGAAUUUAUUACAAAUUUAAAAAAGAAAUAA